CCCCCCAGCUGGGUGCAAAGCAAAGAUUAUAGAGGAGUAUCUUUGGUGCAAAGCAAGGGGCAGUGACAUGGCGCGGCCUCGCCCCUCCUCACGGCAUCCGCAAAGUACCCAGAGGUUUGCUCUUGGCAGGGGGCAGGGGAGGAACAUUUGCAACCAGUUGUCAGGCGGUCAAUGGUUAAAUUUAGCGUUCUGGCUGCAGAGGACAAUUCGACGCGUCAAAAGCACAAUCAGGCGCUGGAAGAAAUCAGAUCCGCUACUAAUGUCGUGCACGGUGGAAUAAUACUGGGGACUUAUUUUAGAUACUGGAUCAUUGCACUGUCCUGACGCAAAUUAGAUCAGCUCCGCACCGUCCUGAGGCGAGUCGGCCACCUGAGUGUUGCCGGAGCUGCGCGCCCAACACGGGGCAGACUCGACUUCGCUGCCGCUCGCAGUGGGAAAAGGGCGCCCACUACACUCACCAUUGUUUGGAGUCAUGGACAGCGACAACCCUUCCGCCAACUGAAAACCAAACCUGGUGUGUUAUUUUGCUCGAGUUGGUUUUUGUUUGAAGAAGAAACAAAUAAGCGUCGGGGACUAUUAUGAAUGUCUGCACUCGUGGGGGAGAGAACUUCCGAAAACAAAAUCAACGUGCAACAAUGCCGAGUGCAACAGUUGCACUGGAGUGAAACCAGAGCCGAAGAGCAGAGGGAGGCUGAUCCGGAGCCGGAGCCGGAGCCGUGUCAGCCCAGCCGCUCGGGAUGGUGACGGGGGUGUCUCCAUGCCUACUGCUCGCCUUCCUCACCUGUGGCGUGGCCAUCUGCGGCGGCCAGGGUGAGUACUGCCACGGCUGGAUUGAUGGCGCCGGCAAGUGGCACGACGGCUUCCAGUGCCCGGAGGACUACGACGGCGCGGACGCGGCCAUCUGCUGCGGCUCUUGCUCCCUGCGCUACUGCUGCGCGGCGACGGCCGCCAGGUUGGCCCAGGGUCGCUGCACCAACGACAGGGAGCGGCACGACGUCAACCCCGCGGCACAGCCCAUCUAUGUGCCGUUUCUCAUUGUAGGCUCCAUAUUUAUUGCUUUCAUCAUCCUGGGCUCACUGGUGGCAGUUUACUGCUGUACCUGCCUCAGACCCAAACAACCAAAUCCGCAGCCAAUGCGAUUCUCAAUGCGGAGUCGCCAGACAGAGACUAUCCCCAUGAUCCCGACUUUCACAAACCUGAGGACCCCCUCCCGGCAGUCCAGCACGGCGACCAGCUCCAGCUCUACCGGAGGCUCCAUUCACAGGUUCUCCAUCAGCAGGUCGGAGCCGGGACACGGCUGCCUGGUCCCUUCUCCCCCACCUGCUUACAGCUCCCCCGGCUGCCUGCAAACCGGACAGGGCUUGCACCUCAACCAGGCUCAGGGAUUCCUGGUUCCCCAGCAGUACUUCGCCUACACCCUGCAACCAGAGUCGUUCACGACGGGCAAAAGUUUCAGCGACUUCACCCAGAACCGCUUGAAGCCGCAGAGCACGUCUUCACACAACGCCGAACAAGUGAAAUACAAUCCGGGUUUAUAAGAGGGCAUUUUGGAAAGGGAUCGUGUUUACCAAGGCAGCGGCGUGAAGCAAACCCCUCUCCCCUUUGGAAAGAGCUGUUUGGCAGUCGUGGUGCUGGAUGUAGUCUCCAGUCAGCUAGACAACCGGGAGCGUGAAAUCCACCAGAAAUGUCCGAACAAUUGGAUGGAAGUUUAAAUCCAACCUUAUCCACUCCGGCUACGACCAAAGGGGAAAAUAACCAACAUUGGCCAGUUAUUUCACGAAGUGUCUUGAAGAUGAUCAAUUGGUUCAACGUUAUCCCUUUAUCGUUUUAAUGCUCACAUUUCACCGUGCAUUAAAAAAAGAAAAGAAAACUAAACUAUAUUAAAGUCGUCAAGAAUAACGGAUGGCAUUAACAAUGACAUUAAAAUAAUCGUUGAAGCAGCAAGCCAUCUCUGGAGGCGCGGCAGGGUAGAGGGGUACCGCGUUUCACUGCAAAGUGUCUACCGUUGACAACGGACCACCAGCGGACACACCGCCAAUGCGAUGAACGAAUAUUAGAAUUAUGAAUCUCAUCCCUGCCGCCAAAACCACACUUGCAGACCCGCCUGAGAAAGUGAACACAAGUUUUGCGAUCCCAGGUAAUACCAGAAUCCAGGAAUUCUCCGUGGAAUACCUCACAGAACUUGAAAAUAAUAUCAACUCAAGCGGGUCGUUUACUUUAUUUUAAUUCGGCCAUAUACUUACUGUUUUUCUUUUUUAUCACUUAUCUAAAUAUUGAAAUUUUAAAAUAUUAAUUUAUAGAGGUAUGUGCAACUAAUUCUCGAUUCUGACCCAUCCUCCAUAUAUUUACAGGACAUCAAAAUUACAAAUUAUUUUAGUAAUCUCGUUACCAUUUUAAUUAAAAGACUAAACUAAAGUUAUAGUGGAAAAAUGCAUAGGAAUAUUUUAUAAAAUGGCUAUUCCAAAAUCAUGUUAACUUAAAGAUCUGAAAUUAAACUUGUGUUAAUUAAACACUGCAAAAUAUAAUUGUACAACCAGGUGCCUGCUCUUUGAUCAUUUACUUUAUGUUUGACAUUGGUUAGAAGCAUCUUUGGUUAGAAGAUAUUGCUGAAUUUUCUGGGAGGAACUCACACAGCUCUAAGCUACCUGUAGUUCAAUAACACUGCCCAGUAAUACUAUACUACCAAUUCAUCAAGUAUUCAACCUAAACGAUUAUCAAGGAAAGUUUGCUAUUUCUCACCUCAGGGAAUACCUUGUUUGAAAUCAACUGUGUCUUCAAUGCUAGUGGGGAUGAAAUGUCCAAUUUAUUAUGUACAACAAAUGCGUCACAAUCUUCCCCUGCGGCAUGCAUGACUCCAGGCACAGUGAUUGAUCUUCCCAAUCUUUAAACCUUCAGAACGAUACCAGAUUUUUGUUUAGAAAUAAUCAUAAACCAUCAUGAAACCCAUCACCUUAGAAUGGUUUGUCAAGGACACACAAGUCAGAAGCAUUAGUCUUUUUAAUCUAAUCUACCUAUUCUAAACUACUUUAAUAAAUCAUUUAGAGUAUGUAUGAAAAGCACAUUUUAUUUUAAAAGGCAAUUGAAACUGUACAGUUGUGUGGAGUCAGAACAAACAGCCUCCAGCAUAUAAUUGGAAUUGUUAUGGAAUGGAAACAAAAUUGCAGAAAAUACAUGGGUCUGACAGUAUUUGUGGCAAAACGCUCUGUUCUUCAUUCCCAUAGCUGCCUGUUCAGUGUAAUUACACCAUUUUCUUUUUAUUUUAAAUUUCAAAUUAUCUAAAAUGCAUGGUUUUACGAAAGUGCAAUAUUUAGGAACUAUCUGGUGUUGAGGAACUGCACUACACAAACUGUUCAAAGGGAAAUUGGAACAUGCUUAUUUGGAAAUCUGCUGCUGUAAUGCUUCCGCAUGUCACAUGUUAAUUUGAUGAAUAUUUUCUGCUGCGUGUGCAGUAGAGAUCAACAUCAUAUCUAAUUGUAGUUUUAAGCUUUCAGUAUUUUUAUUCACAUUUGGAGAACCAUUUCAGAAUUAUUUUGAAAUGUUGAUGUAUUAUUUGGUUUAGAAAUAUCAUGCCCUAUUUCCUCAAAACACAGAGCCAGUUAUCCACUGAAUGAUCUGUUUGCUUCAUGUUGCUCGACAUCAUCCAGAUUUGUGUGAACCCAAUUUGAGAUGGCUCUGACUGAGGCUCCUGGUUAACAGGUAACAUCUGACAAUGAAGUUUGUACAGCACAUGCAAAUCCUCUUUUCCUACAUAGGAAUAUUACUAGUUAAGACUAAAUCAAGGAUUUUCCUUAUUUGGUGAUUGUGUUAUUAGCGGCUAGGAGGAACCAUACCAAGAUCACCAUUACCACUGUCAAUACAAAGUCAGUCAAUUGUCACAAGUUACUGAUGUCAAAAAUUGGGAAAUUGAAGAUAGGAUAGUCUAGUCAUUCACAGGGUUAAUACCAGAGCUGUGAAGAAUUGAUCACUCCAUUUUCCUCUUCCACUACUCUCACUUUACUUCCUUCAAAUGCCUUCUGAUUCCAAUAAUUUAUUCGCAGCACUAAUACAUAACUCCAGGAGAGCCUGUAAAAACUGCAAUUUUUACAGACAACUCAUCAGAUGAGCUGACUGAUUUCCAGGGAACACCACACAUUACUAACCAUAUAACGAUGAACUGGAUUGGAACCAGCAGUAAGAAAGAUAGCGGGGUUGUUAAUGUCCCAUCAAUUAUCAUCUGAAGGUUAAUAUAUCACAACCAUAAAGCAUGUUUGUGAAGUAAUAUUCACAGAACAAUUAACCACAGCACAUGCCCAUGUACCAUACCUUGGU